AUGCAACACCUUCUCAAACCUAUAUUCAGGCAAUCUGCAGUAUUAAAUUUUAGGCAAUCACUCAGAUUUUAUGCCGCUAUUGGUGAUGCAAUUCCAGCAACCAAUGUUUUUGAAGGGUCACCUGGAAAUGACGUGAAUUUGGCAAAAGAAACCGGCAAGGGUAAAUCUUUACUUGUGGGAGUGCCAGGUGCAUUUAGUCCUGGGUGCUCGCAAAAGCACAUUCCGGGAUAUGUAAAGAAUGCAGACGAGUUCAAAAAUAAAGGAAUCAAUAAUAUUUUCGUAAUCGCCGUCAACGAUCCCUUUGUGACCAAGGCAUGGGGAGAAGGUUUACUGAGUAACGGAGAUGAAGUUCGUUUCUUGGCAGACAGCACAGGAGAGUUUUCAAGAGAGCUCGGGUUGCUCUUUGACGCCACCAAAGUAUUUGGAAAUGAGAGGUCAAAGAGGUACGCCUUGUUAAUUGAAGAUGGUAAAAUCAAGGAAGCUUUUAUUGAACCAGAUAACACAUCCGUUGAUGUGUCAGAUGCAACCAAGGUUUUAUCAAGUAUUUAG